AUGGCAUAAUGAUCUUCACAUUCCACUGGAAGUCCUGCCUUCCCUCUGCCUUAAGGAGUUUGAUUGUACAAAAGAAACCAAACACCAGAAACAUGUCCAGCAUGAGUAGGGUUGAGUGGUACUCGGUGUUAAAAAAAAGUUCCCUGGAAAUACCAACCAUGUCCGUUCCCAGAAACUCUCAAGACUCCCAGCUUCUAACUGGGAGACAGAAGGUCAGAGCAGAAGGAGAUUCUCCUUGGUCACUGCUUAAUUUUCUAGAAGGAGCUGAUGCCUUGGACCAGACUCAGGAAGCUUGCUCCACGGCAAAUCCAGGGCUCCAGCCAGCCAGUGUGGUGGUCCCGCCCAGGCCCCUUGCUCUGGCCUUUGAAAAGCUCUGCCAGGCCAACAGUGGCCCUCUGCCACUGCUGGGCCAAAGUGAGCCAGACAAGUGGACACUGCCCACCCUGGCCACUGUUCCAAGCACCAGGAUGGGCUGUCCCCAGUUUGGGGAGUGUGAAUUCAGUGUGUACACGGGUAGCCUGCCCUCGCUGGAGGAGUCCUCGGAGCAGCUGAAGGACCCGGUGACCUUCCUCCUGGGGGGCAGCUUCUCCCUGGGAGGGGUCUGGGAGGACGCGGGCCUGCCCGCAUACAAGGUAGGGACUGGUCCAUGGGAGCAAAGUGACCUGAAAAUGUGGAUUAUCUUAUAUUUUCCUGUGGUGGGGAGAACACUGGAGGAAGGAGACCUAAGCUCUGGCCCCUUCCUAGCUAAUGCCCAGAGUGGAGGUGUGACGAUUACCAAGAUGCUUUGCAUGGAGGUGUCCGUUGCUACUCACAGGAAGUGCUUGGUAGAGCAUGGCUUAGCCACACCUCAGUUCAGUGCUUACCAGACAGCUGUGUCUUAUGCCAUCAUCGCUGGCUUUUGCUGCCCUCUUGUGGUCACAAUGAUGCCCGCUCCCAAGGACAAGCUGGGAAGGCUGGUGCAGGCCACUUGGUCCAUGCCCGGGAGCAAGGACAAACCCAUUCACAGUGGUGACCCAGAACUGUUGGGCAUCAGAGAUCUUUCCAAACCUGACUACGGGGAGGUUGUGGUGUGUCAGCCUGGGCGUGUUCCAGUGUUCUGGCCUUCUCAGCUGACCAGCUUCUCAAAGCUCCCCAGCUGUGAAACCCCACUGGCUUUCACCAGCGCGCCAGGUUGCACAGUUACAACCAACCUGAAGGGUACAGCAACUCCAACCAGACAUCUCACCCCUGAGGGAAUUCCAGAGAGCCAUCACAUUUCCCAGGAUCCUUUGCACUACAGCACGGCAUCAGCUGCAGCCAUUCAGAGAAUCAGCGAACUGGAGAUGAUAAUUGCCAUCGACCCAGGUUCAAGAGGUAGGGGACAUAUUCUUUGUCUAGGUGAGCUGCUGCAGGCCUCCCUGGCACGGUCCCACACCCGCUCUGUGCUCCUCACCACCGGCUUCCCCAUGUAUUUCAACUACCAGCCUCCAGACCACUUGCCAGGAGCCGUGGCCCUGGCCGCCUUCCUGCAGGCCUCGGGGAAGGGGGCCUCCAUGGUCGUCCAGCAGAGAGACUUGAGUGUGCACAAGAAGCUUGUAGAUGAGGCUACCGAGCAGUGUGUAUUGAAGGUGUCGACCCCAACGUUAGCUUACCAGGGGAGAUCAGUAGCAGCUGCUCAGGUGUUUCUAUGCAGAGAUGGGAACCCCAAGUCAUCCAGGUUUGACCAUCUGCUGGCGAUCGAGCAUGCGGAAAGGGCUGCCAGCUACAACGCGAGGAAGAGGAACGUCGAGCACUUAGGGGACCCUAUUGAUGACCUUUUCCUUAGUGCACACAAGAUUCCUGGAAUCUCGUCAACUGGAGUCGAUGACAAAGGCAACAAGCUUGGGAUGGACAAAGUCAAGGAGGCCGUGAAGAGGCACAUACGAAAUGGGGACAUCCUCGCCUGUGACAUGGAGGCUGACUUUGCAGUCAUCGCAGCUAAGUGCUCAGCUGGUCAGCCAGUCAGGCAAGGCUGCCCAGGGGGAGGGACCUGGCUUGGAGCCUGUCUAGCCAGAAAGAAAGAGACUGGGCCCUUCAGACCACCCGGGGAGCAGAACUGGACUCAGGCCCUCCCAUCUGUCACUAAGGAAGAAAAACUGCCAGGCAUCCUCGUGCAGCAUGGAGUCUGGAGCAGAUUCUCAAGCACCCUGGGCACAGAGGUGGACAGGCUGCUCUUCCAUGGCACUCAUGCCCAGAUGAUCCAGAAGCUGAUGGGAAUCACCCUGCCAUAAGGGUGACCAUGCCCAUUACAGGUGUGGGAGGUGGGUACCAGAUGGUCCCACCUGGUUCUAGGGAGGAGCUCCCUGAGGGUCCUGGUUUCCUUCCACAAGAGUCGUGCAAAUAAACACUGGCCCUGGGUGAACAACGUGCUCCACGCAGUCCUGGAUCACUGCAUGCUCACCUCCUGGGGACGUGGGGGUCAUGUAAGUGAUGAGGACCAAGGAAAACAGUUCUCUGGGGUUCCCAGUUUUUGCUUUUAUUCCCAAAUUCUAGGAGGCCUUGAUUCCAGCCUCCUCACCCCAGCUUUUUUAGGCCACCCAUGUGUUCUGGAACUGUACACAAUUAAUUUUAUUAUCAAAUAAUAAAAUUUUAUUAUCAAAUAA